CAAAAGAUGAGAACAUGAACAGAGGGAACCUCAUUCCCAUGCGUCAUUACUGUUUUGAGAAUGCAGAAUGAGGAAUAUGAAGAUGAGCAGAAUGGGCCCGAAAUUGAUAAUACCAGUCCUAAGAGUAUGUGCCCUAAACCACAUGACAAGUGCAAGCUUUUAGAUUGGUGUGGAAUAGAUGAGGUUGUAGCUGAAGGACGUUGGUGUUCUAGUGACCCAAAGGAGCUUGUAAAUCAUGCUCGUCUUGGUCCUAAUGCAAUGGAAGUGUUGGUAGACAUUCCAAACAAACCAGAAGCUUUUCUUUGGAGGCCUACAACUAAUAUGUUCUGUAUGCAACAAGCUCAGGGGAAGACAAUAGCGUGGCCAGCUGAUAAGGUGGUGUUCCAAAUCAGUCAUCAAUCUGACAAUGAAGACAAUAUAUCCAUGCAUUCGAGUAAAAAUAUGAAUCAUAUAAAGUGCAAGAUCUUCAAUUGGACCGGAAAAGAUUAAAUUGUUGCUGAAGGUCG